CAUACUUGUGCUGUCAUUUUACUUCGGCGUGCAUAGAGUGAAACUUCGACAUGUCCUUUAUCUUUCUUGAAAUAUUGGUACUUAGUUUAAUAGCAACAAAAGCUGAGUCAAAAGACAACUUUCGAGCCAAAGUAUAUACAGGGAAAGAAGUCAAAACAACGAAUUCAACUACCUUGGGAGUUUCUCUUAUACAAUGUCAAAACAUGUGUGUCUUGGCUAGAAGGAUGGGCACGAGCAACAUUUGCGGAUAUGACAAGGUGUCAAAAACAUGUUUCUAUAGUUUUGACACCGAAUAUGACGUCCUCAGUACUUCUGAAGUCACGAAGGUCGUGCUGAUACCUGUUGAAGAUGCCUGUCAGAGUUCAGAGUACCUAGUAAACGGAAUGGAGCCUGUGUCCGACGACCAGAUAACCGCCUCGUCAGUGUUUAAUGAGGCGCAUGACACAAACGGUUCCCGACUCCAUUCCGUGACGACUAGUUCACGUGUUGGUGCAUGGGUUGCUGGGACAGCCGACACAAAUCAGUACAUACAGGUGCAGUUCAAUUGCCCUAACCACGUGAUAGGUGUGGCUAUGCAAGGUCGACCAAUCAGUACAGACCCGAAUUCCUACAUGUAUCGCGGAGUUGGUUGUUGUUACCAACGUGUGACCGCGUACAAACUUCUCUACAGUGGUGACUGUGUUAACUAUCUCACGAUCAGGGACUCCAGUGGGUCGGAUGUGCCCGAGAUGAGGUUCACAUUGGAGGAAGAACUGAACCCAACUUUCCUAUUUACAUUUAUUUGCCGGGAGAGAGACUUUAUACAAUUGUGCAACAACUACAGGUUGAAUGUUGUAGAUUCAGAAGACCUGUUUGAGAAGAUCUUGGAUAGUUUACAGGAUGUGAAGCAGUCAGGGCUUAGGGUUCGUCCCCUAUUAUUUGAAACAAUGAAGACGGUGGCCCACCUGAAACUACCAAACCUAGAGAUAAGAUGGAGACCGGCAUGUAAGACCAGAGUGGCACAACACAACAAGAUGCGGCAGGAGGAGAAAGAAGCGGACAGAAAGAGACUGGAGCGCAAAUGCAGAAAUCAGAGGGAGGAAAUUGAAACGAUGGAAGCUAUGAGAGUGGAGAUGGAUCGCAUGAGAGCUGAGAUUGCAGAAUUGAGGGAGGAAGUCAGGUCUCUUAAAGAAGGGGCCAAGACUUGUACGGCCCCUUCAACUGAAAUGGCAGAACAGAGCAGGAUCCCAAGGCCAAAGGGACCUGCAUCUGCCACUGCGCACAGGAGCCUUUUUGCAGCUGUGCGCAGGAGACCUGGCUUCGCUGCGGGCAGUGCUUCUACAACGUCAACUGCGUGCAGGACAACAACUGCAUCAACAACUGCACGCAGUACUUCUGCCCGCAGCACGGCAGCAACUGUGGGCAGCUCUACACGGAAGACAACAUCUGCCCGCAGCUCUGCUGCCACUGCCCCCAGCAUGCCAUCAGCUGGUGGGCAGACUUCUGCCCCCAGCACAUCAUCAGCUGGUGGGCAAACGGUCGAGGGUGGGGCAGCUCGAGGUCGUGGAAAAGUCUCAACAAAACGUAAGCGUGUUGAUGACGAUGGGGGGCAGGCAAAGAAAAAACCGGCUUGGAAAUGAGAAUAAAAAUGCCUGCCCCUCCCCCACCCCUCGACCGGACUCCCUCUUCUGCAUCUCAGCCAAACAACAUCUCUCUCUGAUCCAAAGUAUUUAACGACUAUGAUCCAAAUCGCUCCACAUCGCUCCGCACCUCUUCUUCACCUUGUACAAAAUCCCUGCUCAGCAUCGCUACAUACAUGGCUGCAGUUUACCUAUAAUACGAAGGCUGCAGUGCUCUACAAUGGCUAGAGCUGUGUUUGUGUCAUGCCGGUCUCCAUGGGCCACCGUCAACAACGUCCUGAUUGUGAAUGUUGUCGGAAAGAAACACCUGAAAGGACAUUCCCACGAACAAGAACUGACGAUUUGUUUUAAGUUGUUUGUGUUCAUUUUUUAUUGGUUAAAUACAGGUUUGCCUUUUGAAAGAUGCCAUUUUUUCAACAGUGUUCUUUAAAAAAAAAAAAAAAGAGAAUGUUCAUAGCCUCUUUCAUGUUUUAAAGGUAUGAUGUUCAUAUUACUAGACUUAUUUCACACCUGUUAAAAUCAGAUAAAUUUCUGAAAAGUCCUCAAACUAGUUGGUGUACCGUAGUUAUCCAAGCUUUUAGACUUGACUGCAUAUAUCUACAAAUGCAUUAUUUUACUUUGUUUAAUUGCCUAAAGCAGAUCUUGACUGAAGCUCCAAAGUAGUAGCUGUAUAUGAUUUUGAACAGUUUCAUACAUGACCUUGGCUUCACUCAUUUUUUUUUAUGUUGUCCGAGCAUUGGACAAACUAAGAUAUAUUUGAAUCUUUUAUUGAUAUUUAUCAAUUUGUACAUUGCUGUCUGUUCAAUUCUGACCUUAGUCCCUGUCCUGCGAUCCAUCUUGAUAUUGAAAACAGGGGCCCCUGUACUCCACUUAAUCCCCCUCCUAGCCUACGCCUGGCAAUUUUCAAUCCCACCAUUAUCCCAUCCAACAAAUGCCUUUCCCCAAAUCCUUUCCUGAACCCUGACCUGUCCACUGUCAGACCAACCUUCUACUCUACACUUUCUUAAGGGCCGGCCCAAAUCAUACCAUCUUCUCUAACAGACAUAGAUGUACAAAUAGAUUGAAUGUGUAUAUGAAAUUAUUUAAGCAUUCAAGUCUUGUUAUUAAUUUUACUACAAAAAGUAAGCUUUACCAUAUAACAAAUUAAAGAAACUACAAAUUAAGGCAGCAUGGUCAGAACUGUUCUUUUUUAGUUCAUGAUAACCUGAACUGUAUGCUUCCAUUGACUGGCAUAGUUUCAGUAUUUUGUAUUAUGUACUUUAAAUAAACUUGCCAAUUAAAGCAGAGGUAACCUCUACUGAAACAUUCGGAGCAGAACAUUUAUAACAUAAACUGAAAUACCACAGAAUUAUCAAGAAAGAUAAAUGUAUGAAACCUGUUUUUGUUUACAAAGGUAUAUAGUAGAAAGGCAAGCCUAUUAACCAUUUACGAGAGCAUUAUACACAAUAUAAGAUGUUCGUUGGGAAUGAACGUUUCAAUAUAAUACUGUGUUAUCACUGAUUGCAUUCAGUGAACUUGUUUUGGGGGAAUGUUGCAAUCGUUCUUUUGAUUUGUUAUUUUCUGCUUUUGUGCAGUUUUAUUUAUUUUUUCGGUAUGCUGACGACCUGCAGUUAGUGGUGUUAAAGGUGAUGAUGAUGAGGAUGAUGAUGAUGAUUGGAGGAUGUAUAUAGUGAUUUUUAAUAUUUUGUUACGUUCUAGUAACUUUUAUAAAAAAAUAAAACCAAAUAAAAAAUAUUUUUGUGCAACCUAUUAUGUAUGUUUAUUUGUUUCAUUUAUUUUGAAGCAUUUGUUUUAUAUUGUACAAAAAGGUGUAAUUAAUUGGUAAAACAAACAAAAAACAUAUUCAAAAUAACUUCAAAAGCAGUUUUAUAUAUAUAUAUUUUAUUGGGAAUUUUUUUUUGUUUUUGCAUUGAAUUAUAAUUAUGGUCAUUAUUUUAGACCUGUUUGUGUUUUACCAAAUACUUAUACCUUUUUGUGUUUUACUUACAUAAAAAAUACAAAAAAAAUAAUUAAACUUAAAAAAUAAAAAAAAAUAAUCUUGUUUGAAUUAUAUACAUAUUUGAAUUCAGCCGGACUGUUUCAAAGAAACAAGUCUAGCUAUUCUCAUAGCCUUGGUGUUGUCAUUAUUGUGUCAAAGCAUAUCAAAUGUUCAAGCUAUCAAAAUGAAACUUGGUACACAUGUGGCGAGCUAUAAUACACACAUGAAUAGCAAAGCCAUAAUUCUGGUUAUUUGUUGUGAAUUAUGCCUUUUUUUACACUGAACAAAAGGCGAGUGUUGGCGUUCACUUUGGUGCGUUCUCUUUUUUUGUUGGUGAUUAUCAACGUAUUUUGUUUUUGAAUGAUUCGCAACAUUUCCCUCAGUUAUUGUUAUUUUCUGUAAUAGUGUUCGAAAUGUUUGUGCUGAUGCUUCUGAAAGGGUAUAAAUAUAGUUUGUAAACUAUUUUAAAACCAUGUAAAUGCUGUAGGGUAUUUACAUUAUUGAGUGUUUAUGUUCUACUGUUGCUAUUACUGUUGUGACUGUAUGCAUUAUUUUGUGUACUGCAUGACAAUGCUGAUUUAGAAUUUUGAACACUUAUUAAUAGUUCUCAUUAAUUUAGUUGUUGCUGUUAUCGCAACUGUUGAUGAUAAACCAUUGAUUUAGUUGUUGCUGUUAUCGCAACUGUUGAUGAUAAACCAUUGAUUUAGUUGUUGCUGUUAUCGCAACUGUUGAUGAUAAACCAUUGAUUUAGUUGUUGCUGUUAUCGCAACUGUUGAUGAUAAACCAUUGAUUUAGUUGUUGCUGUUAUCGCAACUGUUGAUAAUAAACUUUAACCUGUGUUUGUCCUAUUUGGUAAAGAGUCCUUCUUUCCUUAUUGUAGAAGUAAUAUAAUUUAUUUGUCAGUUAUUCAAGGAAAGUUUUAUACUUAUGCUAAAACUAAAAAGUUUGGAAACCUGCUCAUUAUUAAUUUUGACCCAAAUUAAAAUGCUUUCUCAUU